AGAACAGUUUUUGCAUGCUCGUUUUAUUGUGAACUGGAGGGUUUUCAUCAACCUUUAUCUAAACCUUUUGAGUCAGCAUGAGCAAAAGAGGUGGGAAGUAUCCUGGUGUGUCAGCUUCAACCCUGAGGGCUCGUUUUAAAAGUAAAAAUUUGGAGAAAGAAUGGUCGACUUCGAAGCUGGAUAAGGUGGGGUUGGAAAGUGAGGUUAAUCAACCUUGCCGAGGUCGUAGGAAGGUUAUCGUAAAAAAGAGAAAGUUGAGUACGAUUGAUGUUGAAGAUUCUGACGAUUUAUCUGAAGGGGAUAAGGGGGUUCCCCUAGAAGAGUUGCCUAGAUUUGUUGAAAAUAAAAAACAUUUUCAUGGUUUUACAGAGGGUGGGGAAGGUUCCUCUCUAUGGAGUAAGGAUGGCACAUACAUUUUUAUCACUGAUGAUAUCGGCCAGUCUGAUGCCAAUAAGGCUGUGGUAGAGGAGGCUGGUGAUAUCGCUAUCGACCAGUUUAUGCAGGUCGUUGGAUUGCGGAUUGCAAGUCUCAGGCGUAGCCAGGAGAUUAGGCAUAGGAAGUCUUUGCUGUUGUUUGAGGAAGCUAACAAGUUUAAUGAGGAGCUUGGGACGAAGAAAAAAGUUAUUGAUGAAUUAGAAGAAAAAGUUUCAGAGAAGGAAAAAGAGCUUUGUACCAUGAAGGAGAAGUAUGAAAACGAGUCUGAGUUGUUGAAGAAGAAGAAUGCUGAGCUUGCAAGUUUGCAGGAGCAAAUAAUGGAAGUUUCUGUUAAAAUGAAGGACCUGAAGAAGUCAAAAUAGACUGAAAUUUUGGAUGCCUUCAUAGAGGGUUUCGAGCGGGCUGUCCUCCAAGCGAAGUUCUUGCUGCCUGACCAGGAUUUGUCGAAAAUGGAUCCCGGGAAGAUUGUUCGAGAUGAAAAUUUGGUUGAAGAUGAAGUAGUUGCUGAGGAUGGCGCGGACAAUCUCAACAAAGAAGUUUGAUGGUUUCUUCUUUGUGGUUUUGUUUGGUCAUUUGUUAAAGUAUUUUGGUGAAGACAAUUUUAACUUUGAUGUUUAAUUAUGAGAGUACUGUGUGUACUUCUUUGACAUAUUUUUGAUACUCAUUGUUUUGGGUGUGAGUUAGUUAAUUAUGAUUAUGUUUGUAAUAUUCCUUGUUGGAACAUGACUCAGAAAAAUAAUAGCCGACUUUGUGAUUUGAUAUCGUAUGAUAUAUUGUUCGGGUUGAACCGAGUUUGUUAGAGGCAUAUUAGGCCAAUUAGAUAAGUUUGAUGAGUAUGUAAACAAUGGACAAGUAA